AUGGUGGCGAUGUGUUCGAGCUUCACGGCAGUUGCGGCGGUUCUCUUUGUAGUUGUUGCGGGCAACACAUGGACACAGCUCUCGCCUUCCAAUCCGAUUCCUGGGAUUGGUAGAUCGGCAAUGAUCUGGGACGAGGUGGGUGAAGGAGCCUUUCUCUUCGGUGGGGAGGCGAUGCCAAGCUACACCAAGACCAACGCGUUGUACUUCUACAGCAAGAGCUUAAACGCUUGGGCAGUGAAAUCAAGUACUGGAGCUCCGCCUGCGCGACACAUGCACACGGUGGUUCUGCGGACGCCGCAAAGGAUUCUGUACGUGUUCGCGGGGGGGAUACGCGACAUUCACAGUAGUGCCACCGGGCAGCUCUUCAGCGACUUGUUUGGCUAUAACGUAGCUACAGACUCCUGGACGCAGCUGACGAGCCACACCACUCCGCGUGCACUCCACACAGCAGUCUGGGAUACAGCCUCGGACCGCAUGAUUGUCUACGGCGGUGAAGCCGAUGACGCGUCGAAAACAAAGCUGGGGGAUGUGGUGGAGUAUGAUCCCAGCUCGGAUACAUGGAGUUCGCCCAGCGUGGGCACAGAGCCAAAUGCACGGAGCGGGCACGUGGCCGUGUGGGAUGGGACCUCUGAGGUCAUGUUAAUGUGUUGUGGACAUGGCGAUGUCUCAGUCUACAACCCAUUCGUAAGCUCUUCAGAACAGCAUUACAAUGACCUCUGGAGCUAUUCUGAUUCUUCGGGAUGGACGGAAUUAGUACAAUUCGGCAGCUUUACUCCACGGCGGGAGCUAGCCGCCGUGUGGGAUGCAAAUACACGCUCACUCUUGGGUUAUGGCGGUCGCUUCACGACUGGCGAGUUGGAUUCCAUGUUUUACUAUUUCAGCACGACCGACAGCUUUGAUCAGGAGACCCUUGCGGGACCAACUGCUCGAGAUGCGCACAGCGCGACCUGGAACCCUUACCCAUACAUCAAUUACAACGACUUCCACCACUUCAACAAUGAGUUCCACGACUUCCAGCUCUUCAACAGUCACUGCCACGGCUUCCAGCAGCACCACGCGGACAAGAAGCAGUUCUUCCGCCAC